UUGGCUAUUUUUAUUGCAGAAAAUUUUAAAUUACAAUGUUUCGUUAUCUUUUUAUAUUAUUCGUAAUUAUUAUUUAUCCUAAACACGCUAAAACCACAGACAAACCUUCUGUUCUUCAUAUACAUGUUCCCGGCUCAAUCGGCGGCGCCUACUACUAUAUCUCAUUCUCCCCCUGGUUUGCCUUGCCACCAACUGCCGCUGCCACUGCCGGAGUCCGGACUAUCGAUAUAGAAUAGAUAUAGAGUCAUCUGCUUAGGUCUGAUCGGAAUGGGGAAACCAAAGAAAGGACCUUCACCUAAAGAGUCAGCUACACCACCUAAAAAAAACUGUAAAGUAUGUGAGAAAGCAGUAUCCAAAUACAAGUGUCCUUCCUGUCUCAUUCCCUAUUGUUCUCUCGUCUGUUUUAAGAAACAUAAAGAAACUCCAUGUGUUAAACAAGUUCCUGCUCCUGAGACCGAUACAAGCACAAGUACUUCACCAAUUGAUGUGGAUAGACCAUGUUAUGUUGAUGUUGAUGAUGAUGUUUUACCACAAUCCCAACUAGAGUGCAUAGCUUCUUGUACUGAAAUCCGUGAUGCUCUGAAAGAUGAAGAUCUGCAGAAACUCAUACGCAAAAUAGAUUGUUCUGCAGACACUCGAACUGAACUUGAUAAAGCAAUGGAACAAGAAGUGUUUCGCCUGUUCACUGAAAAGCCUCUUCAAAGGCCAUACAAGCGUGGACGAUUUUUCAGAUUUGUAGCAGGCAAGAAAACAACUUCAGCGAAGAAUGUCAUCAAUUUCCUAUUCUUUCCGAUCCAAUUGUGGAGGUUCAAGCCCAGUACAACUCAUAUAUUCGUUGUGAUUCUUGUUUAAAUAAAAAAACAUUAUGAACAA